CAGAAACAGAGUAGGAGGCACAACGAGAUUGCGGGUAUGGUCUUGAUAGACAUUCUUGUGAUAUUGUACCGUAAUAAUCUACUUUGAUUCCAACUCCAAGAAACUAGUGGCUGUAGUGGAAUCAAGUUCCAAGCGUCUACCUGGACAACAAACAAUUUUAUUUGAUGUGCGUUGCUGUCGAGUACUAACAAACUUCAAGAGCUUCGUAUUAUGGAGAAGAAAGCUUAAACCGCCGCUGCUACAACACUAAAAAAAGAACAGAAAUACCUGUAUUUUUAGUAUGAGGACUAAACAACUAAGAACAAAAGAAGAGAAUUUCGCAGUUGGAAGCAGCGCAGGAGUGGUCUCUCACUCGAACUAGUCCACACAUCACGACAUCACCUGAUAUCCUUCUUACAUAUUUUUCAACACUUUUUCUGUCUGUAAUUGUUUGAUUUUUUCAAGAUGAGGAUGUUGUCGACGCAUCACGAACGCACUCGCUUCUCUGGUAGACUUUACGGUCACGUGUUUCGCACUUAUUCGAGAAGUUGUUAUCUUCGGGAUGGUUUCAUUUUGUAUUCAAAUAAUUUUUUAAUUGAUGAGACGAACAAAGAUGAAGGGACGUAUGAUCUCUACUUCGAGCGUAGAUGAACGGGAUUCUCCCGCGACUGAGGUGGGAGCUGACAGAGGACGGCGAUAUGCUUGUGCCGGCAAACUUGAGCAGCGGAUUUUCGAAAAUAUCACGUUUUUUACGUUUCGUAUUACAAGUUCCAGCAUAGUGGACGAAAUCCGCCUCAGCGAGUGCUUGUCGUCUCAAAAAGAAACUACUCGGUUCCAUGGUGCCAUCGGUGCGCGAGAUCACGCGCACGCGAUCACAUCGGCGCGGCGAUAAUUUGCGUUCGUCUAGCUUGGCUGUGAGCAGUGGUUUGGAAGCUCUCAACAAUUCUGGGGAUCAUAGUCGGCCAGGCCGUGGUGUGAGUACAAGGCGAGGAAGAGCACCACGAGCAGCUGUAUUAUUGGGUCCUGCAGACGAAGUACGAAGACAAGACAGGCUCCUUCUGCAGGCAGGGGGAUCCGCGUCUUCAAGUAGCUGCAACGUCUGUUCAUCUUCUAUGCAUGAGCGUCAGCUGCAUGUCCAGACAACCAGGCAGUACCAGAGUAGCUACUACGAGAAUCCAAGAGGCGAGAGACGCCGCGGCGUUACCGAUGUCGUAAAAGAAUACGAAGGACAGUUGAGAAUCCUCCGCGCGGAGGUUGACACGAUCCGCAGAACAACAUCGCCAGACGGGGCAAGAAAAGCUACGACAACUUCGGCCAGGGGGUUGGGGCAGCACCUUGAGGAGCGUCAACGUCCAGGCCGCCCUCCGCAUGAUUUACAACAUCAAGAAGAACGUGAAUCUUCUGCGUUGCGGCCGCUUCUUGGUAGGAACUCCACUUCAACUUCAACAUCAUCUUUUGUUGAUAAGGCCUGUGAGCUCGCACGCAGUAUAUGUCUUAGAAGUCGAUCACAAGCUGCACAACAACAGCAAAAUUCUCGCCGAAGAGAGGUCCCCACACUAAAUCUCGACCCUCCUGCUAAACUGGAUCCGAAUAUUUGCAGCUCCGGUGACAAGCAUCGUACGAGGACACCGAGAAUCCUCUCUCUAGAACAAAAAGGCCACUACCGUCUCCUUACAGAAGAUGAGCGUGAAGAUCGCCUGAUUGACGAACUAUUAGAUCGCGCGGCCGGCGAGCGGCCGUUUCUCUUCGUUCCUGAGCCCCUAACCUCCCGCAGUAACUUGGGACCUGUAGUUACGAGUCGAGAUCACCAUCAGGACGUACCAUCAGCUGCGAGAGGUGAAUUGAACAUGAGCCACAACAACGCGGACGCUGCGCCUGGUACGGGGAACCCGCCAGCGCUGCACAAUAUUCGGGGCCUCGGUGUUGCUCCAAAUAGCGACCCUUUCAAUGCAGGCAAGGGCGGCAUGGUGAUGAAUAACAUCCAACCGUUUAUGGGUGCGGGUCCGCCAGUGCCUGUGGGUGCUCCCAUGGGUUUCGCUGGUCUUAUGCCUGGACCUCCGAACCCCAACUACGGUGGUCCUCAGGCACAUCCACACGGACAGGACGGCCAAGUCGACGAACAGCAGUACCCCCAAUAAUUACAGCUUUGAUUAUGUUAAGAUAUCCAUUAAGAAGACGUGGUCUUCUAUGAAGAUCAUCUUCAUUGAAACUGGAAGACGAAUUAUAUUCGAAAAAAAAUGUAAAGAUCCAUCAUCUCUCUGAUGCAGAGACUCUUUUUCAUACGACUGCUUCGUAACUGAUGCUCGUGUCAUCUGUAUCACAUCUUUUCAGGGCACGAAAGCAACGACUCGAGCGCAUUUUAGGUACGGUGAGUAGCCGUUUUGACGAUGCCGCUGCAGGUGCGUCCUCGCGGUCUGGCUCGAGGUUUGACGCGCCUGAUCGCAAUAAUCGGGGGCGUAGCAGAGGCCGACCUCAGCACCCUGGAACACCCUAUCGCGGGCCAUCAGCACCUGGUCCUGGUGGCGAAGGUUUCAUUAGCAUGGUGGGUGCGAGUGCUGGAGACCCUGUGAUCUACAACCAGCAAGCAGGAGCAAUACACCCAGGCAUGGUGUAUCAUCCGCACCCCCCCCACCCGGGACCACCGCCGGGGCCGGGCCCACCACGUGUCGGACCUUCUCCCACUUUACCGAGCCGUCGGAACGUGCCCCGCCUGCCAACAAUGGCGCAACUGAGUCCUAGCGGAUCACGCUUUGCGGAUGUGAUGGACACAGAAGACGCUGCUCCGCAGGCGAGUCAUCCACCAGCAGAGCAGAACCCUCCUCCUGCUGUCGCACCGAUUUCUUCAGCCCAGAAACAGAAACAGAUUGCCCAUGAUCUUCUUCAAAGAUCCCGGAAAGGGAAGCCGUCGAUCGUACUUUUCAACUCACUUCUUGUCUGAAAUUUAUUUUUUUUUUUUUGUAGGACCUGUGACACCUAUGCAGCUGCAACUGCACUCCUGCACCAACAUCAGCUUAGUUGUACUUGUACAUCAACAUAGAAUCAUCAUCUAUUAGAUCAACAUUAUGUGCCAAUACUUAGCUGUAUUUUGUGUUGGACUUGAAGCUGCUAGGGGACAAGAUGAAUGUUUGGAGAUCGGAUUUUGUUGAGCAUAAUCAUGUUUGGGGAAUAAAAGCAGUUACAUCUUCUGCUUCAUUUUGUACUAGGCGGUCUCGGUCAUGAUUAAUGUAGCUGACUGUCUUCAACCUGCUUCAUGAAAUCAAACAUCACCCUCAGAAUCUUCCAACAAACGGCUCCGAGACGCUCAAGGAUCACGUCGAAGACCACGAUGAAGACGAGUUUCUCACGAGUAAAACGCCAGCCGGCGGAAGCAAGGCCACUGGUAUGACGCAGAUUGUCAUGCCGGAUUCAGCUGCAGGGGCAUCAGGUGAUGGAGCUAGUGCUAGUCCGCUCUUAAAAGGAACCUAUGCGGCUGGGCUUCUUCAAGGAACCGCAACCGGCCAGACUGAUGGCAGUGCGGCGGUCUUUCCCCCGGCUGUGCCUCUAGACAGUGACGGAGACGAGGACAUGGAUGAUUCCAUGGGUGAUAACGACGAGUCUUCGAGCAAGCAGGCGCCACUGGGCGAUGCAAAAGCAUCAUCGAAAGGUACGACGGAAAGCAAAGCCUUUUCGCCUACAGGCGCAGGUGGUACCACACCAGCGGUUGACGCGGAAGCAAAAAAAGAGGAGAAACGAAAAAAACGUGAAGCCCGCAAAGAAGAAAAGAGAAAGAAGAAAGAGGAAAAGAAGGAGGAGAAAAGGAAAAAAAAGCAAGACAAGGAAAGACAGGCAGGCAACAUCGUUGGAAAUCUUCUAACGGCAGGCAAAUCCGACGCGCUGGGAAAUGGCGUUGGCAACAGCGCUAGUACGGUGAACCCUUAUGCAGUCGCUCCGCCAGCAGGCGCGCCUCCCUAUCCGCCUGUUGCAGGCAUGCCAGGAGGAUUGCUUCAAUAUCCGGGGGCACCUCAUCAACAUCUCGGCGUUGGUUAUCCUGGUUCUGCGCCCCCUCUUGGCGCACCAGGAGGUCAUCCGGCUUACCUCGCUGCAGCGGCACCCGGUUACCAUCAUAGAGGACCCUCACUGCAUGGCUACCACCCACCGGGCGAGCAACCUGCAUCGAGUCCCUCGUCUGCUGAGGGCGCACCUACAUCAGCAAGAGAUCCAUCGCCGACAAACGCAAAGUCAGGUAAUUCUGCGCCGGGCGGCGCCGCACCGAAGGGGAAGCUUCAGCCGGGCCCGCCAGGAGCAAUGCCACCCAAAGGGCACAUGGGCAUGAGGCCACACCCUGGCGGCUACAUACCACCCGGAAAAGGAGCGCGUGGCUACGCUCCGCCAUAUGGGGAUCCACAUGUGCUCCUCUACAAAGGUGGUGCGGGAGGACCACUCGGAGGCAAAAUGGUGCCAGCUUCAGUCUCGAAAUUGGGUGCAGCUCCACCUCCGUCGGCCGGGGAAGUACACAGUCUCGUGCAGGAAGCUAACGCACUACUAGCAGCGGUCUCGGCGGGAGCAGCAUCGAGUAGUGGAAGUGCUGGAGCACCUGCUUCGUCUAGUGCAGCGGGAUCAGCAUCCAGAGGUCCCUUUUCCCCGCAUCCGAUAUACACCACUGGAGCAGCACCCCAGUCAUCCGGCGUACCCCCACCCGGUGCACCCAGCACAGCGCAUGACGGAAAGGGCGGCCCGCCGCAGUAUAAUCAGUAUAGCAGCCUAGUCAUCGCCGCUGCUCCAGGCCUAGGCGGACCAGCAGGAUCUCAACAUCCCCCUCCGGGACCGGGGCCUGCGUAUCCCCAACAAGGAUAUCACGGCUACGGCGGUUUUAAUCAUGCAGCCUCCAGUUACCAUGCAGCACAACCGCAUGCUCCACCAACAACAGGAGGAUCUCGGUAUGGUCCGAUGCACUCUUCAGGUCCUCCCGGUCAUUCGGCGCCUUACCACGGAGCUCCCACGGGGCCACCGGCAUACGGUGGAAUGGGCGGAUCGGCCAGCACUAGCGGUGCACUGCCACCAUACGGUAUGGAGCACUAUCAUGGAUACCGGGCUGAAGGCAAAGGCAGCGUCCCUGGUUCCUUCGCUCCGACCCGAAAAAAAACGGUGUCGUCUGAUUCGGACAGCAGCAGCGGAUCGUCUGAGGACGAGGGCGCGGCUUCCAAAAGCAAGAAAGACGGCUCAGACGAAGCGAGAAAGGAGAAGAAAAGGCGGCGGCUUUCCAAGACAGACGAGGGAUCACCAGGUAUGAGGUUUUUUACAAAUGAUUCGUUUCCAACAUCUUCGUUGCUGGUGUGGUAGUACUAGAGCGAUGCGAAUAGGUCAACAAGAAGUACUUCUUUUUAGCGGAAAGCCAAUGUCUAAAAGUAUAUUUUCAACCUCGUAUAUUGCUGUUGCUCGAUGUCGACCACUAAAUGAUAUCACACAUCUCCAAGAUGUAAAAGUUAGUAUGAUGCUGAUGAAGAUGAUGAUGAUCAGCCUGUAAAUGGACAGUUAUCAGGUAAACACCCUGCUGGCGCGCCUCUCGGUGUCGGUGACGGCAAAUUCAUGUCUCAGACGCCAGGUGGAGGCGUUCAACUCGUUAGCGGAAAUCCGAGUCCUGCAUGGCGUCUAAACCAACGUCCGCGGAGGUUUAGCGCAGAUUUGGGUCUCCCGAUGGAUCAAGACUCAGAGUGGUCGGAGGAGGAGAGCAUGUCAAAAAAGCCCAAACCCAAGCCGUUCUCUUUGCCACUCCCUCUGCCUCCUUCAACAAAGCACGGAGAGCAUCCCUAUCCUCAACGCACUUACCCACCAGAGGAAGGGGUAAUAUCAAUGAAUAAACAUAAACAUCAUGAUGAUCAUGAUGAAGAUCUUUAUUUGUCAUCGGCAGUGAAAGUGAUGUGUUGUAGUUGUAAACCAACGAGGUUCUAGUUCUUGAAGUUGAUGAACGCCUCCACGUGCUCAUCUUCGUCAAAGUCCGUGUAGCCGGAAACUAAAAUUUCGUUCGCGACAUUUAUAUUGCCAAUACAACAGGACACAGUGGACAUUUUUGACGCAGAGAUCCACCUUGAUAAAAACUAUCAAAUCAGGUAGCACCGCUGCCGAAAAGUGAUCCGCAUUUCGAGUUCGCAUAUGAACGACACCUACCUCCCCGACCAGGCCCUGGUGUGAGAGACCAUGCGUCGAAACGAAACCCAGAGCUGAUGCGUCAGUUGCAGAACGAGGUUCUAUCAGAAUGGCGCUGUGGCCCUCUUUUUGGUCGUGGGCUCGCUCGCCGAUCCGCCUUCGACUUAUUGCUACGCAAGCUGGGUGAAAAGAGCAGGAAAGGUGUGCUGCCUGUAUACCAUGGUGACCCCGACGCAGCAAAGAAGGAGAAGCCCGUAGAAGUGCGCGGAGUGGUGCAGACGCUACGGGAGGACCACGGCUUUUUGUAUUCCGAAGCUGUGUAUCCUUACUUCCCGGAUGAUGUCGCUAUCUACUUCAAGAUGCCGUCUUGGGCUCGGUCAGAUCUCGCAUACAAAGCGCACACGGAACAGCAAGGAGAUGACGCCUCCACGGGCCCCAAGGUCUUGAAUCCGCGAGACUCUACACCAGACACCACCGCCGCCCAUGGAGAUGAAGUUGCAAAGGAGACCCUGCGUACUGGAGACCACGUUCUGGUGACGCUGUCCUUCGACGCGGCUAGAGGUGGAACUACGGGAGAGGGAGCCCCCGUUGCACACCUGGUCAGAAAAUUGACGAAACACGAAGUCGAUAGGGCUCGCCGUGGACACAAAGUUGUCGUCCACUGCAAAGAGCAAAGCGGCGGAUUCACGGUCUCCGCGGACACAGUGUACAGCGGAGUGCUGAAAUACCAGAAUCACCAGUAUUGGCUGCGUUCCCGUGCAUUUCCGACGCUUUACUACAUGCCCUACAGGAGUACCGAAGAAGUGCGACGAGCUAUCAGCAGUCGCGCCGCCCAUUAUUACGGCUAAAACCAUCGUGAAGAACAGUCCAUUUUUCGUGUCGGUCGUGACAUCAACAUUUCAAUACCUGGCUGUACCUGAUUAGCAAUGCAGCGCGUCAUGAUCUGCGUCAUCAUCAUCAUCAUCAUCAUCAUCAUCAUCAUCAUCAUCAUCAUCGUCAUCACGUUCACGAUCACCGUCAUCAUCUGGAUCACAUACAUACUAGAAGACAUAGUAUACUGUACUAGUUGUAGUAAUCACAUCGCGUUUUAUUUGGUGUAUACUAUUAUAUUAUAAUAGAAUAACUACUUAUAUAUAAGACGGAUGUAGGAUGGGAUGGACUCGGAUGGAAAUGGAUCGGAUGGACCCUCCCUAAAUCUUCGGGUCCUACUUAAAAUGAUGAGCGGACCUGGGAAGUCCAUCCGAUUCCGAUCCAUCCCAUCCUGAAUCCGGCACCCCUAUGAAUUGUCCUAAUAUAAUAAGACGAGCGUCCUCGCUAUCAGUAUCAGAAUCAGCCGGAGUACUGCAAUAAUAUUGAAUUGAUUUUUAGGAGAUUUGGUUGAUUAUGAUUGUGAGGUACCGCCAUCAUCUAAAGCCGCCAUUCCCACACGGAAACUUACGAAGUGAUUGUGAGUUUCCGACUGGAGCCAAAUCCGGCAAUUCCAGCGGAUGGUGUCCAUUUCAACUGGUAUGCAACCAAGAUCGCCCCCAAGACCUUCGUUGCGAACGCUGCACCCGCUGCUCCCGCGACGGCGGAAGCUCGCAAUGUACUCAGUCCAAAAAAGGCCAGCCGAUACGACGGUUUUAAUGCAACGCCUUCGUCGGCCGCUGGCGGGGGCAGCAGCCUGCUCGAUAAGCCGCCUGCUGCUGCUGCUCCAGACGGUGGCGCUGGCGGCAGUAGUUCGAGCAGUGCGCAACCACCUUUGGCUUCAACAUCUGGUGCUGCAUCUGCCAAUCGAUUCACUAAUAAAACUCCGUCGAUUUAUGACAAGAUGAAUAAGCCCUCAGGAUCAGGAGACUCCGAACCUGGAGAGCAUUAUGGGAAAAGCCCUGCUUUUUUUUCCGCAGGACGCUCUCCUGGGAAGUCACCAGCUACAGAUGACUGGACGCCAGGUGCCGGUGACUGGACAAGCGCGCAUGGUGCUAAUAAAGGGGCCUCUUUUAGUAGGAUUCCGCCGCCAUGGACGGCCACUUUGAUUCGCGAAUUACACACACUGGAGGCCAACAAAGACGAAGUAGAGAACCAGAUACCAGAUGAAGUGGCUGCUGAUGAAGACGAAACGACCAAGGACAAGAAAGAAGAUGAUGAGCAGCACGCGAAUGAUCAAGCGCUGGGGAACGAGCGAGGUCCGCCAGCAGCAGAAGCGACGACGAGAAAGGCAUCAUGUACGCGAGCGCCAGUUGAGAUAAGAAACUACUUUGCAGGCCUUGUGAACGAACUUGCAAGAGCUGCGGUUGGGGAGCACGAUCCUUUGCCAGAAAAAGUUACCGAAGAGAGUGUGGAGAAAGUUGUGGGCCGUCUGGUUGCGGGAGAGGUCGCUAGUAACGUCUUAGGCUUCGGCUGUAUGCUGUCAAAAGAUCAGACGCGUGCUUUCUCCCUGCUGUAUCUCAUGUCAACCCGGAGUGACCCGGCCGGAGAUGACGCAGUGGAUGCAGAACAAGAAGAUGAACGACAUCGAUCGCCGCAGAAGCGUCUUCCUCAAUCGGAUGAAAACAGCAAAGGGGCCGGCUGUAUGCAGUCGCUGGGAAUUGAUAGAGAACAGCGCUUGCAGUCUCGGAGUUGGGCCAAAGGAGUGUUGGGCCUGGCAAGUCCCGGGCCGCAGCAGUCACAGAGUGCAAAAGGUCGUGCGGCAGACCUAACGGUGGACACCGCUAUUCCGAUGAUGCCGCCCGGUUUGAGCAUGCCGGCUGGUCUCGCGAUGCCCACGCCGCCAGGGCUCAUGAAGAGCGCGCUCAUCGGGGUCUCUGCUCCCCCCCCGCUGUUCAUGCCCGCCCCGUCUGUAGCGUUUUCCGACUACCAGGUUGGCGGCUCGAGCUCCAGCCGUGCGGGAGAUCAAAGUAGCGGAAGCGCGAAGAAGAGAAGCGCGCCGCCGGCCGUUCUUCCAGCACCGCCAGACACCGUUGAUCUGAGCCAAUUCGAGUUUGUGGGCUCGAUCACGUCCUGGGAGCCUGAUGGAGCAGGCGCAAAAAUUCACUGCGAGAAAGCAACUGCUGCCUUUUCCGAUGCCGAAUUGUCAAUAGGAAGUAGAGAGAUGCGCUUCGCUUCCAGUAAAGCCAAAUUAGAAAACGUCAAGUCGGGCAUGACGAUCCACUUCAAUAUCAAGGCGGCGCCAACGGUAUCUUUCUCAUUGUCUAUAGUAUACAAGAUGAAAUGAUUUAUGAUAAAACUGGCACGCUGAACAAGAACUACGGAAUUACCACUAGGAGUAGUGUAAUUAGUUUCUUUGACUUUUCAACUUCUGUAUCAUAUUUGUUGUUGACCAAUAUUUUAAUGAGAGGAUAUCUCUUGCACAUAUUUUAUCAUGUUGUCCUGCAACAUGGAUGCUGCCUUGAAUUGGUUGUGCCGCGACAUUUCACGAAGAUUCUAGAUUCUAGUACUGAUUUGAAUUCCGGCUUCAAUUUUUUGGACUGCUACGGCCUCAGCCGGGCCUCCGCAGAGCAUAAGCCCUUUCAUCCUUUCGGUGAUCGAUCAGCUUAUAUUCUUUGGUAGAAUUUUUUGGCGUUGCGCCUCGUGACUUUAUAUAAAUAUUAAUUUCAGCUGGACGUCGGCAUAAAAAAACAGGAUCACGUCGAAGGUGACUCUGGCCCGAAGGUGGAUCCAGGAGUGCAUAUUCCCGAGCUCUUGAAAGACGAAAUAGUUGUGGUCUCGAUGCCAUCGCCUAGUGACGCUAUGCUUCCAUUUCCAGCGCCAAUGUUAGAGAUAGUCAAGCCGAGUGAGCUGAUUCGCGGCGUCGCUGGAAACAAGAUGAUGCCACCAGUCCCUGGGCUGCCUAUGCCACGGUCACGCGACAGGACCCCCCGCACACCCAGAAGCAGCGACUACCCGGAGGACGGUCGCAGCGACAAGCGCGGCGACAAAAAAUCCGGCAAAAAUAGUGGGAAUAGAGGACGUGACAACCGUUCGUGGGCUGGAAGUAAGUCAGGUGGCUCACGCGAAAACUUGUCGGGCGGAAAAGACGACCGAAGCCGCAGUGGCGGUAGGAUGUCCGGAGGCAAGAAAGACGUAUUUAUAGAUACUUGUUGUUGUUGUUGUUUCAUGUUUCAUCAGUGUUCUUCUUCCUGCAUCUGUGCUACCCUCUGGGUUGUCUCUCUUCAAAUUCAUCAUUUGACUCUACUUCUCAAUCAUACUUCUCCAGGCCCCUGCUCCUGGGGCGAAUGGCAAGGGUGCGCCACACGUUGCGCCUUUUGGAGGUGAUUUAUUUCGGAGUCUGGGCGGCGGCAUGCUGGAAUUUCCGGAUCCCAUGGCCAGCAUGCCUUUUUCCCCGGCGAUCGAUCUGGACGCGCCUGCUGCAUCCACUCUACUGAAUGCGCUCGUUGAGAACUUUUAUACAACGGGUGGAAAGGACGUUGUACUUCCCGUUGAUGCGGUUCUUGCGCAAGCGCAGACAAGCAAACAUGCAGGAGAAGAUAAUGCACGACAUGACACAAGCAAAAAUCCAAAGGCCUCCGCUACGGCGGCUGGCAACGGUGGAACAAGUUCCUCAAGCGUAGACGCACUUGAGGGCGCUACGUCGGGGAUAAUCGACGACAUUACGGAUUUGUUGGGCGGUAUGCAAGCAGACGGUGGCUUUUCCUCAUCAUCCGCGGAUGAGGGAAUCUCCACGCCGGCCGAACACGAACAGGGAGUACCAGCAGACGGACAGGGGCCACACCCACUUGGUGUCCCGCUUGGACUUCCACCCAUUCAGGAAGCUUCUGAGCAGGCUCCACGGCAGAUGAAAAGACAAGCUUCUACCUCAACUGUUACGGCAGAAGGUUCAAAGGGCGGGGCUCCUCCUCAAGGGCCGAUCGGAGCUGGUCCUACCGUCCUCGCAGUCCCUGGAAAGGGGCGAACACCUGGCGUUACUUCUUCUGAUGCCGAAUCGACAACCAGUGCCAACAGAAUGAUGAACAAUGGUAGAAACAAUGGCCACAGGAUGAACCAGACGAGGCAGAGUGGGAGUAAUAAGGGAGCUGGAGGUUCACAGGUUCUCCAAGCACCAGUCGGCAGUGCCGGCAAACAAAAGCGACCAUGGCAGAAGCCCCCACCCAUUGAUACAUCCUUUGCUUCCGGCGCAGUACCGCCGGGACCCCAUUCUUCACGGUCCGGGGCUCCAAGCUCGCGCUCGGGCAGCUCGGCUCCUCCACCACCGCUACUUUCCGCGGGGGGAGCGGCUGCUGCGUCUUCGUCUACGCAGUACCAGCAAGCUGGUGUAGUGGGUAUGUCAUCCAAUUUGUCGGGUGCGCCUGCGUUUGGAAGUCCACCGAUGAUUGGCGUCUUGCCGCUUCCCCUUGGCUCCUGGGAUGCGAAAAGCGGGCCCCCAUCCGCUUCGAGUCGCGAGCAAGACAGCGCCAGAGCCGAUGUAGAUCCCAUUAUUUCGAAGAGUGGAAGUCAUGGCACUACUAGCAAGACUCCCCAUGACGUGUUGCCUCCUCCGGCGCUUGUAACUGGCAGCAGUCGUAGUAAAAAUACUCUGCUUCAUCAAUCCGGUCAACCAAGCCCAGCUGCUGACGUUCUAUUGCCUCCUCCAUCGCUAUUGUCCUCUUCGACUGGCGGAAUUAUCCAACAGAAGAUUAUACGCCGUUCACCGAAGGCGUCGCCGGCACCAAGUAGCAGGGCUGGAUCAACUCUUGGCGUAUAUAACUGCAUUAGUAAUCAUAGUUAGUAAUAUUUCAUCCGUUUCAUGAGGUGGAUUAUGGUGCAAAAUCUUCAAGAUGCCGCCGUUGUCCAACAUGUUCCGUAUUUUCUUUUUCUCGCAGCUAUGAUUAUCCUACUAGUACAAGGAUUAAGAUUAAUGUGUGUCCUUCGUCCAUCUCUCCUUGUUUUUGUUGAAUUUACAGGUAUCAUUUCUGUAAGAUAACUCGUCUUUUUUUUAAUUAACGUGUCCAUGUCGAGAUGAUCACGUAGUUUGUUGAAGAUGUUUGUGAAUAGGUACCUACUUUCUUCGUGUUGAUGAUUUCAGAUAUUGCCGCCGCCAAGUAGCUCAAAGUCGGAAGAAGAGCGAGAGCAGGCCAUGUACGAUGACGGAGAGGACGACCUCGUUGAUGUCGAAGGUGGUGAAUUUAUUCCCGGCAAAGCCAGCAGAGGACCUGGUAGGCAGCUUUCGUCGUCCUUUUCCGGGAGACCGAACAGUAAAGGGCAUGCGUCUUCCAAGAACACGACAGGCGCUAAAAAUAUUUUAUCGGGAGGCCCAACUGGUCCUGGUCGCGGAGGCGGAGGGGCCAGCAGUAGCAAGAUGUCGUCCUCUAGCACUAUGCAACUCGGGCUUUUUCCCCAUUCGCUACAGGACCAGAGCAACCAUCUAUCUAGUCAUCUGGAUCAGCAAUACGACAGAACAACAGACCAAGAUAUCGAGGAUAGAAAUAGAGUUUCACCAGUACAGAGUCCUGCGCUCCAUGCACUCGCAGAGCAGAUAGGAAAUUUUGUCGUGCAGAGUAUGGAAGGAGAAGAAAGAACCGAGGCGCAGUUAGAAGCUCUUGCCGGACUAGGCUCUGGAGACAAGGAAGAGUACGACCCCUUCGCAGAAGCUCCACAGUCAACCAAGUCCGAAGGCCACUCUGCAUAA